UGUGUGACAGCACGGGCCAACCUUGAUUACAUUAUUUCCUAAUUUUCCUCCUUAAAAAUACUUCAAAAAUAUUUUACUAAUGACAUAUAUGUAGAUAUACUACGUAUAUUUUAAAAUAAUAGUGCCUAGUAUAUACGUUUUGAGUAAAAUUAAAAAAUCUAAAAUGAUUUGGCAUUUGGUAGUGAGUGUUAUGUGCUUUUCAUUUGUAAACAGUGACGGGGCAUUGAAAUUUUACGAAGAGAAGAAUUUUCAUGAAGCAAAAGAACUGACUGAUAAUGACAUAAAAUCUAUAGCUAAAAUGUCAAACAUAGAUGCUUUUAAAUCUAUUCUUGAUGAGAUCUUAAUACCCCGAGUAGUGGGUACUCCAAACCAUGAAAAAGUUGGCAACUACAUAUCAAAUGAAAUGAGAAACUUAGGGUGGGAUGUGACAGAAAAUGUCUUCCCUGACCAAACACCAGUGUUUGGUACAUUGAAUUUUAAGAAUAUCAUUGCUAAAUUGAACCCUGAUGCAGAUAGAUACUUAGUGCUUGCUUGUCAUUAUGAUAGUAAAUAUACAAGAGAACAUGUAUUUGUUGGUGCCACAGAUUCGGCCGUGCCAUGCGCAAUGAUGAUAGAUCUGGCUAAAGUGAUGUCAGCACAACUUAACAAACUGAAGAAGUCCAAUCUGAGCCUCAUGUUCAUAUUUUUCGAUGGCGAGGAGGCUUUUAGACUAUGGGGUCCCAAUGAUUCAAUCUAUGGUGCUAGGCAUUUGGCGAAGAAAUGGCAGAGGAAACCUUACAAGGAUGGUGCUAAUCACCUGCAACGAAUGGACGUGCUAGUGCUGUUGGAUUUGCUCGGCGCCCCGGAUCCAGUGUUCUACAGCUACUUCAAAGCGACCGAGAAGUGGUACGUGCGACUGGCCAGCGCGGAGCAGAGGUUGGCGGAGUUGGACCAACUGCAGGCCUACUCGAAAGGGAAGGUGGAACAGACUUACUUCAGGCUGAUGAGUUCCGGAGCAUUCAUAGAAGACGACCACAUACCAUUCCUAAAGAGAAACGUGGACGUGUUGCACGUGAUUCCGUCGCCUUUCCCUAGCGUGUGGCACACAGCACGCGACGACAUCACAGCUCUCGACUUCAACACCAUAGACAAUCUAAACAAGAUCGUACGCGUGUUUGUCUCUGAAUAUUUACAUCUACAACCCUAGCGGCGCUCGAGGUUCCAAUGGCACCUCGACACUGUACUAAUAACUUGAAAAUGUUACAAAUACGACGGUAUGGGCCAAUAAUUAAAACAAGACGGUUGCACACGAAUAGGUAAAUAAGUUUUACAAUUAUACACUAUUAAUAAAGUUAAAUACAUUUAUACAGGAAGAUGGAAUUAACCAAUUCGUCACGCUGUAUAAGCCGCAGUAAUUGAAUGAGCUUAGUCGGUUAAUAGUUCAGAAAAUGUAUUGAUUGCAAUCUAGUUUUAAUUACAUGAUAUUUAAAAGUAUAAUCGAACGAAACCGAACCAACGAUGAAAUAAAUGGUACUAAGAAACUUAAAUAAAUUAAAAAAUAAAAACAAGAUGGCGCAGUGUCAAUACUGUGAUAAUUGAAAAUAAAAAAAAAUAAAAGACAAUUAGAAUUUUAGAUAAUAUUACAUACAUUCCUAUCUAUUUACAUAUAUAUACAUAUUGUUUUAUUAGUGGGGAUCAACCCUAGAUUAGAUUAGAUAUUAUAGCAUUGGUAUAAUAUAUUAGUAAAAUUCUUUAUUAUAGUUGUUUGUAUUAAAUGCGUAUGUCAAAGUCUAAAUUAUUUAAACGUAUAGGAAACUUUUAGCUACUUAUUUAUGUAUGUUUUGUAUAACUAUACCUUACGACCAGUUCAGCAAGCCACUUCAGAAGAGAAAAGAACUGGCAAGAAGCUAAGUGGUUCAAUUUUUAUGCUAUUUGCUUCAACAGUCUUAAUAGAGUAUAUGUC